AGGAGUCUGGAGCUCAGACUGCAGACAGCAGCGACUGAAGGUUGUUUCUUAACUUGUGUCUUUAGCACUGACACUUGAAUUAGCAGCUUUCAUAAGGAGGAUGAAUCUGAAUUAAGGGCUUUUUUGUGCAGAAUUGCAGCGUGCUUUCAGGUUUCUUCUGCUGGAUCUCCUGUGAAGCAGAUCCCUGACUUUGGUUGGCACAUAAAAGGUUUGAUAAUCUCUUCGAGAUCAGAGGAAAAGGCAGAAUAACCAAAAUAACCAAAGAGUUUCUGUGCAGAUGGAGCUGAGCAGAAGAAAAGUGCCUCUGUAUGGCGAGGCGAAGGUGUUUGCAUUGCUGGAUGGUUUAGACUCGGUGCCAGAGGAUGCGGAGAUCUAUGUUGUUUUGGAGGGAUCCACGCUGGUCCAUGUCACCAGGGCUCAGAGUGAUGUCAUGCUCUGCUUUAUCGUGCCUGGACAUAACCUGGCUGAGGUCGUGUCUGUCCAGGCCUAUCUGUGCUCUGAAACCACACCUCCCACCUGGGUGGGCGGGGCUUCAUUAGAGUAUGUUCACGAUGAUGCACAGGACCUGGCAGAGCACCUGGUAAUCCAUGGACAUUGCCUGAGCUCCACCGAUCACAAGGAGCUGAGCAGCCUCUUCAACCUGGGCCAGGAGAGCUCUCGUUGGGCUAUGGAUCGCCGCGUAGCCCUGGCCAUGGCCAACCUGGAUAUCCCCCAAAACUGGAAUGUGCUGGGAAGCCACAGUGGAGACGAGCACAGUCCCAGAGAGUCUCCCCUCCACCUGGCUGUGCGAUGGGGUUUGUGUCGGCUGGCGGAGCUGCUGCUUUGCCAGCCGGGGGGUUUGAUGGCUGUCAGUCUGCCAAACAAAGACGGAGUCACACCGCUGCAGCUGGCACAGACAGCAGGCAACACUGAGCUCCUGGAGCUGCUCUCACACCCACCCAACCCUCUGGCUACACCUCCAGCAGGUCUGUCCCAGGUGUGGGCAGACCAAUCCAGGCUGCUGAGGUUCUGUCAUGACACAGGAAACCUGACUCUGACUGUCCGACAAAACCUGAGGUGGAGCUCAGAGGAGAGCAGACACGCUGAUAUCUUGCUUCUCAGAGACCGACUCAGAGAUGUGGACUUUCUCAGAGAGAUCAAAGCACUGAGGAGGGACCGGGUGGAGACCAUCUUAGGGAAGGAGGAACUAGUGGAUGAUCCUGCAGACAAUGCGCUGUAUCCUGACAUAAAUGGGGGAAACUCUGCUGGUGAAGAAAAUGUUCCCAGUUGCUUCACUGAGGACUUUGAGGAGCAGCUGAUGUUUUGCCUGAAUGAGGAGGACGAAGAAGAGGACGAGCCUUCGCAGUCUGACUCUGGCUUUGCUUGUGUCCUCGCUGCUGCAGACGGAGCACUGUACUCCUGCAGGUUGCUGAGAAGGGGGGAAAAGGAGGAAAGGAACGACGUGGAAGAAGAAAACAGCAGCAGCUCUCACUGCUGUCUCCAUGAGAAAAGCCAGUCCAUCAGGGAGAGCCAGGCCUCAUCCCCGACUCUGGCAGCAGCUGCCAGGCUGUCAGCGAUGAUACACGGCAAAGACCAAGUUUACGCCAACGCCAUGCUGGUAGACCAGGUGGACGACGCUGACAUUAAAUACCGCUCUCCAGGGGAGGAUGAGGUCAGCCCCAUGUCCCACAUUGGCAGCUCCUGCUGGGAUUCCUUCUCCAUGACUCCCCCUAAUUCAGGGAACUGCUCCCAGACCCGGUACCCAUCCUCACCCCACAACGGGCUGAGAGGGGUCCAAGACCCUGGCUCGGAGAGUCACAGGGAGCCAUCCCCUCGCAUCUCUCCCCCCUCUCCCUUUGCUUCCUCCCCAUCUUUUCCUUCCUCUCCCCUGGCUUCCGCCCUUCGUUUGUUCGAGGGAGCACAGAGGCGUCAGACGCAGACAUGCUUGCCAGUUUCUCCGGGUUUGAAUCGUAGAGGAUGCAGCUUGACAGAGUCGUGCCGGGGCCUGAGCCCCAGCCUAGAGUGUGACAGUGGAGAAGAGGACUUAUUGGGACAUUCCUACCCCUGCUCAUCUUUAAAGCAGCAAUCCAUCCUGCGGUCCAGCUCAGGAGAGGAGAGGGACUCCUUUGAUGCCUCACCAGAUUUUAAUCGUGUGCACUCCGACAUCACACAAAAGUCCACCAAGAACCCAGAGGAAGCUGAGGUUCGCCUGCGCUCCUACUCCUACUCCUCCCCUAAAGCAAAGCCGUCACGGCCGCUGCUAAACCGAGACGCGACUAUCACUGAUCUGGCAGAAGAGCAGAGAGCAUUCAACCUGACUCAGACGCCCCGAGAAAAGAGGGUUUUGGGUUUCCGUAAGCGGGCCCAGUCAGCAGAGGAGGAGAGCAGCGCAUCGCUCCAACACCUCACCCUCACAGAGUUCCUCAAAGAGAUCGAGGAUGAGGAGUGGGAUAAAUACAUAAUUCCAUCUAAGGUCGAGUCUGAAAAGUACAAAGUCAGCCGGACCUUCAGCUUCCUCAAGAGCAGGAUGUCCAGUACUCGAAGCAAGACCAAGGUGAAGGGGAAAGAGGUGAAGGAGGGAAAGGAGAAGUCAGGAGCUGCUAAUGGACACCAGUUUGUUCCUGCAUCUCCAUCUGGUCCUGCUCUCUGUGUGGCCUGUGAUAAGUCUGUUUCUGGGAAGGAGCUGUUGCAGUGCUCCAACUGUUUCCUGAACGUCCAUAAAAACUGUCGAGAGUCUGCUGCGGCCUGUGGAAAGAAGCCACAGGAGAGGAAUGCACUGCUGAUGAAAAGCAAGACCUUGUCUCUCCCACAGAACUCUAUGAAAGACAACUCUUCAGCCUCCAUUUUUUCUCCAUCUUCCUCAUCCUUAUCUUCACUGCCAGUGACGACCAGAGAGAAAAGAGAAACAGUCGCUCCUCUCUCCAAAAGCCUCUCCAUCUCCAUAGACGGCAGGCGGCUGAGUGAUGCAGCAGUGGCAGAUGCUGACUGCAGCGUCACAGUUUGCACCAACAGCUCUUUGUCUGACGAAGGGACUCCAGUCACAGCGACUCCCCCGUCCACCGACCUGCCAAUCACCACACAGGAUACUGUCGAUGCUCCUCUGCUGAGUGACCUGUCGGCCGACCUGCUGGGACUCGAUGCCGAGUCGUGGAGUCUCGCAGUCAGUCCAGAGUUUUGUAGGAAACACGACAGGCGCACGGUCAAACGACAGGAUGUUAUUUAUGAGCUGAUGCAGACGGAGCUGCACCACAUCCAGACCCUGACCGUCAUGUCGGAGGUGUUCAGGAGAGGAAUGCUGGAGGAGCUGCAGCUGGACUGGGACUGUGUGGCUCGGAUCUUUCCCUGCUUGGAUCCGCUGCUGCUCUUCCACAGGAACCUCUUCAGAGCGCUGCAGGAACGCCGGCAGGCCGCAACCGAGAUUGACAAUUCGCGAAAUUACCUCAUCUGUCAGAUUGGAGAUACACUGCUUCAGCAGUUCUCAGAUGAAAACGCUGAGAAGAUGAAGCAGGUGUACGGAGAGUUCUGCAGUCACCACAUCGAGGCUGUCAAUGUCUUCAAAGAGCUGAAACAACAGAACAAAAAAUUCCAAAAUUUUGUCAGACAACAGAGCAAUAACUCUCUGGUCAGACGAAGAGGAGUCCCAGAAUUCAUCCUGCUGGUUACUCAGCGCAUCACCAAGUACCCAGUAUUGCUGGAGAGGAUAUUACAGUACACUCAGGAGGGAAGUCAGGAACACUCAGACUUGUCAAGUGCUUUGGCUCAGAUCCGUGACGUGAUCGCAGCUGUGGACUUGACUGUGAGUAAGUAUGAGAGGUGUCAGGAGCUGCAGGAAGUUCUGGCCCGACUGGAGAACAAGAGCUUCGCCAAGCUCAAGAACGGCAAAAUGUUUCGCAAACAGGACCUGCACAGCAAACACAGGGUUCUGCAGCACAAAGGGCUCGUCUACUGGAAGACCGCCACGGGGCGUCUGAAAGAUACUCUGGCUCUUCUUCUCACUGAUGUUCUGGUUUUCCUGCAAGAAAAAGACCAGCGCUUCGUGUUUGCUGCUGUGGACCAGAAGCCCCCAGUAAUCCCUCUGCAGAAGCUCAUCGUUAGAGAAGUAGCCAAUGAGGAGAGGGGGAUGUUCCUUAUCUCUGCCUCCUCUGUGGGGCCUGAGAUGUACGAAGUUCACACGACCACCAGGGAGGAGAGGAAUGCAUGGAUGAGACACAUCCGCCAAGCUGUAGAGAGCUGUCCCGAAGAAGAGGAAGAGGAAGAGCGAGCGGCUGAGACAGAGGAAGCCAGGCAAGCUGCAGAGGUUAGAGUUCAGAAGAUCACCAAGUUCCAAGAGACACUGUUGGGUCAGGACCAGCGAAUCUGCAACAGCCUGGAGGAGAAGCUGCAGCUUUAUGCUGAGCUCACAGAGUUAACCCUCCAUUCACCAGAACCUGCACCGCAUCGCCACCUACUGGUACAACCUGCACAGUACACAGACAGUGAGACGCCACGACCGGCCUCCUCACUGCUCACAGCUGCACUCAGAGAAGCGGAGAACCUUAUCACCAUUCUUCAGGUUCGUGAUGGUCUUUCUGUUCAAAACCAGAACUUUCCUGUCCGAGGACCAGAGUGCUGCAGCUACAACAGCCACGGCAGCAGCAUUCAGGAGUCUCCCUCUGAACCGGAUUAUCUGAGCACGCUCAGUAUGAGCUCCACCUCUCUGGGAUCAGACAGCGAGUUAACGGGGCUGGACAAUGUGCUGUGGAGCUCAGCUGUGGAGCUGAGAAAGAGCGACACCAAAGGCACACUCAUAAAGGUGGCAGAGAGUGUGCAGAGCCUGACUCAGCUUCUCUACAGUCUGCAGGCAGCUGUGACGCUCCAGGACAGCUGCUAUGAAGUCCACAAACUCCUUCUCCAGGAGGGAGAAAGACCUCAGCUCCGAACCAUCACGUCUCUCCAAAGCAGCCUGGAACAGGAGAAGCAGAGGAAUAUUGAGAAGAAGAAAGAAGAAGUGGAAAAGAAGGGUUUAGAGAGGAAGAAAGAAGAAGUGGAUGACGUUCAGAAACUCCAUGUGAAGUUGAAACAAGAGCAGCUACGUUGGGACAAAGAGUGUUCAGCCAGAGAGAAACAACAGAGUGAGCAGGAGAGUGAGCUGGAGCAGCGAGAGCAGCAGUGUCUCCUGGAGGCCGAGCGGCUGCGGUGUGAGCGUGAGGAGCUCAAGGCUCAGCUGCUGGAGUACCAGCAGAACCUGGACAGACUGAGGGAAGGCCAGAGGAGCGUGGAGAGGGAGAAGGAGAGGAUCGAAGCCCAACAGAGGCUGCUCCAGAGCUGGAGACACAACCGCCAGAGCAGCCUGCCUGUUACCAUACCGCUGGAUGGAUACAAGCCCCAGGUGACCAGCCACAGCCGCUCAGGCAGCCUGGAUGGUAACUGUUCGGUGUACGAGAACGAGGCGGCUUUUCUCGCCUCCCUCCAACAGAACCACCUCCACCAGCCCACCACCAACAACCAGCAUCUGCUCUCCAUGCAGAGGAAAAACCAUGACGGGCCUCUGCACAGCUCCAGCUACACCGCUAACCUCGGCCUCAGCGCCAGCCUCUACAACAGCCUCAACACCCUGCUGAGCCAAACGCACAGCAAACAGGCUCUGGACGGUCUGACCUACCCGAGUUACAACCACAGCUGUCCACGACCUCUGAAUGAUUCCAUCCAGCCAUUCAGCAGCAGGGUCACCACACAGCCACAGAGGACCAGCAACACAGACUUCAACCCACUGCUGGACCGACAGUGUCCAGAUCCCUGGAGGUCGGAGGUCACAGGUCACGGACUUUAUGAGGACUACUCCUCCUCUCCCUCUCUUACCCCUCUCCUCCCCCCUCAGGCCUACCUCUCCCUGGAAGGACAGAAUGGGGAGGAGGGAGGAGAGGAGAACAUUGUUUACCUCUGAGGAUCAUGAAAUGCAAGCUGCCUAAUGUAUAACUGGAUGAACAAUAAUGUAUCAGUCGCUUCUGUGUGCAUGUGUGCAUUUGUUUUUGUCUAAAUGUGAUGGAUUUAGUUUCUUUAAAAAAAAAAAAAAAAUCCUUAAUAAUCAAAUGGAUUGUAAGUAGUUGCAGGGAGAAGGUAUAAACAGAUACACUAUGUGCCUUUAGCAGUGUAUGUGCUGAACUAAUCUUUCUCUUCCAGUGUCAUCAAACCAUUGUGCCUUUUUGCAAAUCAGCUUUUAUGCUUGUACUGCCCAUGUUUUUACUUCUACUAUGAUUUUUUUUUUAAAGCUAUCUGUUGCACUUGUUUGAUGACAGAUUUACCUUUGUGCUACAAACUCUAAAGUACCAGGAAAUCAUGACAGAAGCAUUGACAUCCUUUUCCCUUCAGCACUUAAACAAACAUGAACAUGGAGAAACCAGUUGAGCCCCAAACUAUAUAUAGAGUGCUGUUGAUCUUUAAUAAUAUUUAUAAGGGAUUGUGAGCAUCUACAAGACAUAAAAAAUAUACUGACGUUAUUGUAUAAAUAUUAAAUAUAUGUAUAGUUUUCUGGAAAUGCUACCUAUGCCCACUGUUGGAGGAGAAUCUUAAACUCUAUCGUUAUUUUUCUCACUUAAGUGCCAAAAAUCUCACUAUCUGAUACUGUAAUUGAUUUCUGUAAAGAAUGGGUGUAUUUUUUUUUUCAGUUCAUUGCUUUUUCUGAUAAUUUAUUGCAUAUAAUUGCUUCAUGCACUGUAAACAGUAAUAAUAUUUUGUUUCAACAUGUGUUGUCUUGUAAUCUCUAUAAUCAGAACUGUGAUGUGCCAUAUUAAUAUUGUGUAUAUAAAACUAUUGUGGCAAACCUC